UGAACAGAAGGUGGCGGUGGGGCACCUUCUGUAUCAAUUCCAACUAUCUUUAAACAAAUAGAAGAAGAUGUUAGCCUUCUUCUAUUUAGCUAGGCUAAAUCAAAGCUAGCCUAGCUUUGUUUGGCUAACUCACGGUGGUUUUUAAUGCUUUAUUAUUUUCUAAGUGUAGUAUUUGCUUUCUAUAUUCAUGCAAGACGUAUUUAUAAUUUAGAAUUUCUGUAUGGCCGGUUAUUGCAUAGAUAUCAACUUAAAUUCGGGUAGCUAUAGCUAGCUAAAUAACGUUUUUUUUUUUGCUAGCAGUUUAUUUAUAUUUUGUAGAGAGCGGCUAUCUGUCGUUAUUAGUCUUUAAUACAGCCCUUAAUGUAUUUGCGCAUGUGGAGAAUCCUUGUCUUACGCCUCAGUCUCGACUGCUGGUGUGGUUUCUUUGUUUAUUAGUCUAAUUUAAUGAAAAAUAAUAGAUUAAUGAAAUGUCGGCGCAAAAAGACUGUGAGUUUUUGGUUAAAAGAGCCCGGGAGUUGGUUUCCGAUGAUCCCUGCGCGGCCAAGGCCUGGCUAAUAACAGCCAGAACCCUAUACCCAACAGAUUUCAACAUACAGUAUGAAAUGUACAUCAUUGAACGCAAUGCAGAGAGGACAGCUUCGGCUGGGAGACUACUGUAUGACAUGUUCAUAAACUUUCCAGAUCAGCCGAUUGUGUGGCGUGAGAUCAGUGUCAUCACAGCUGCCCUCCGCAGUGACUCUCAGGACAAACAUGCACAAUUUCUAAGAGCUCUUUUUGAGACGCUGCCUGGCCGUGUGCAGUGUGAGAUGCUGCUGAAAGCCACAGAGCAGUGCUUCAACACCUUGGAGAAGGCAGAGAUGCUGCUGCUCCUUCUGAAGCGCUUUCCAGAGACUGUCGUCCAGCACGGGGUCAAUUUAGGCGAGACUUUGCUGGAAGCAGAGGCAUCAGAAAAUGUGGAGACUCCUGUCAACUGUUUCAGAAAACUUUUUGUAUGUGAUGUCCUUCCCUUGGUCAUAAACAACAUGGACAUGCGUCUGCCUGCAAGCCUAAUGCAGAAAUAUAUCCUGAAAGCAGCUGAAUUCUACAUCGGUUAUGUUACCCGUGGACCUUCAUCUGAUGUGCAGUUACAAGGUAGCCAAGAUGGUGCAACUCUAAAGUCUCCUGGAGUGUCUCGUGGCUCCCAGCGGUUUGUGAUUGAUGGCCUGUCUGAGAAAUCGUCAGUAGUAGCAGAACCUUGGGAGAGGCUGCUUGAUAUCGUCACUGUCGUUGGUGCUCGCUGCGAGUGGCAGGGAGACAAAGGACAGAGGAGUUACAUCGACAUGCUGCAAAGAGUGAAAGAGCUGUGUCGCUAUCUGCCUGGUCUUGAAGGAGAAACAAGGUCGCGCUACUGCAGUCAGGUGGUCAUUUGUGCUGCACUCGUCCUUUUUCGCAGUGCCUUUCUCUAUGUCUCAGCUGUACAGCCGUCACUGUUCCAGGGGGUUGGUGCAAUGACUUCAGGACCAUGGAUCCUGGUGGAGGACUUGAGUUCGGUGUACAGUGAUGUGGAGGUGGACAGAGCAACGUUGAAGCAUGCACAUAAGAAACGCAAACUGGCUGACGGGAGAGAGAAAACAAUGAGCUCCGAUGAUGAAGAAGGUUUGGGGAAAGGCCGCGGCCGACACAUUCUGGUCAACAAGACAGAGAUGCCCAACUGGUCAGAAACACUGGAGAGUUUCCGUACAGCGAGGGAAAGUUGGGACCUGCUCCAUUCUCACGAUGGUCUGGAAGCUGAGUUCAAGAAGAUCUGUGCAGCAUGGAAGAUGGAAAGCUGGCUCUGGUUCAGAAUCUUCCUCUCUGACAUGAUUAUACACCAGGGCCAUUAUCGCAAGGCCGUCUCCAGCCUGCAUCAGAUGGCGUCAGUGCAGCAGCCUCAGCCUGCACAGCAGAGCCCCACAGGCCAGGCCAGCCUGGAGCACCACAGGGCCCUGAUACAGCAGGCAUCCUGCCACUAUGCACUGGGAGAGUACAGGAUGGCCUGUGAAAAGCUCCUAGAUGUUGUGAGUGGGCUGGUUCCCCCAAACCAAGAACUGACCAAAGCACCAGAAGAUGUGAGCAGAAUCAAAUCCAAGACCAGGAAAGGUAAUGACCUACGGUUGCUUCCCUGCACCAGCAGAGCUGUGUUACCUUUCUGUCUCCAGCUCAUGCUUGCUUGCUUUAAGCUCAGAGCCUUCACAGACAGCCGUGACGACCUGUCUCUCGGCCAUGUGGUGGUGCUGCUGCAGCAUGACUGGCCACAGGGAGAGAUGCUGUUCUUAAAGGCUGUUGAUAAAAUCUGUCAGCAAGGGAGUUUCCAAUAUGAGAACUUCUUCAACUAUGUCACCAACAUUGACAUGCUGGAGGAGUUUGCGUACUUGCGGACUCCAGAGGGAGGGAGAAUUCAGCUGGAGCUGCUUCCUAAUCAGGGAAUGCUGAUUAAGAACCCUAGCCCCGCCCUGGGGGUGGAGUUAAAUACCCUUCUGCUCCAAGGGGUGCAGACAAUGGACAGACACCACACUGUGACUCGAGGGAUCACCAAGGGAGUGAAGGAGGAUUUCCGCCUGGCCAUGGAGAGGCAGGUGUCACGUUGUGGAGAAAAUCUACUCAGUGUGCUUCACCGUUUCUGCAUUAAUGAGAAAAUAAUCAUCAUCCAGUCUCUUCCUUAACACCUGGCUUUUUUAUUUGCACAGAUUUAGUGCAGUUGGACUUAUAUUAGAACUCAAACAGUGGAACUGUUCUCUUCUCAAUUUAUCAGUUUGGGAUAAAUUUGGGUGUCCGUUGUGCUUUUUGUCAUUUUCAGAGAACUGUAACGUCCACAACCUUCACACAUUUUGUGUAGGUGUUGAUGUCGAGUAAAGACUCAAAUGCUUUUUGAUACUCUUUAUUGUUUUGCUAUACUGUUUUGAUCAGACUGUAUGUUUAUAUUGAUGUUGCCAUUAAAUGUCUGACUGGUUAAAAUGCA